AAAUUAACUUUUUCGUUGGUGGCGCUGUCCAGAAUGAGAAAAAUAAUAAAAAAUAAGAGACUUGAUUGUGGCAAACUCUAAGCUCUACAUCAUGGCUCUUGUUGCUAACUAUGGAACAGACUCUGAAUCAGAAGUUGAUGAAGAAGAAACAUUCGAAAACACAAGGCACCAAAUCAAUGAAGAAAGUACUACGAAGAACUUGUUAACAGUAGACGAUUCUACAGAUUCAGAACCAGAAAGUAGCCAAAUUAAAAAAGAAAGUGCCGCAAAGAAGCAAGCAGAGAGACUUCCAUUGCCAUUGUUUAUGGAUCAAAGUGAAAGUACAGAUAUGAAAAAGCUUCCAAAUUCAUCAGUUUUUCGAAAUCCUUUUGAAGAGGCAGAACAUGAACAAUUUUCUAUUUUGGAGAAACAUGUAAAAAUGACCCACAUGGAGACAAACUCUGAACAGUUGAAAAAGGGCAAAAAGAAUGUUUGUUACAGUUUCCGAAAUGGUAGGUGCAGAUUCGGGGACAAAUGCAGGUUUUCCCACAGUCUUGAAGCAAGUACUGAUACAACAAGUAAACAGAAUAUGAACAGCUCAUAUAAUGAAAGGAUAGAAUAUGAGUUUCCUAAGGAUGGUAACAAUGAGAAUGUGGAAAAACGAAAGAGAAGAGCUGGACUUAGUAAGACUUUAAUACCACCAAAGAAAGCAAUGAAAUCUUAUGAGAGAACACAAGCAGAGGAGCGCCCCUGGACACUUAAUAACUGAAGAUUUUUUUUUAAUGAAAUAAUUUUUUUUCAGCUGUAUACAUUAAUUUUUUUUAAAUGUAAAAGUUUGUACUUCUGCAUUCAUGGCAAUACGAUGCCAAAUUUUUAGUUUAUUAAAAAUACAGAGCUUCCCGGAUAAUAUUGUAGAGUUGAAUAGCUUUGUGGCUAUGAUGUUUGCUUUCAAUAACAAGGUCCUGGGUUCAGAAACUAUGAGUACAAAAUAAUAGCUCCAUAUUCUGGAUGAAUACAGAGACUUAGUUUAUAAAGGAAGGGUAAAGGUGAAGGUAGUUGAACCUGUACAGGUCUGGAGUGUCCAUCCCUCUUUCGUAAGCAUUGGGGCCAGACUGCAAUUCUUUGAGGGGAUCGCCACUCCUAACAGCGAUUUUGUUUACCUUCCCAGCAUAUGCCGGUAUCCACUUAUACUUCUGGGUAAAGAGAGACUAGCAUAGAUAAAGUGUCUUUCCCAAGGACAUAAGAGACCCACACAGCGAGAGUUUUGAACCCGCAUCCACGUAGUUGAGAGUCUGAGCCUCAACUGCCGCACCAAAAGCUUCUAAAGGAAACAUGUUUUUAAUUUUUUAUUUGAUUAACAUCAAUUGCAAUUCAGUUUUAACUGCAAUUUCGAUGAAAUAAUAAUGUGCGUUAUUUGCUGUUGGAUAUGUAGUUCUUGGUGCGGUGCAUCAGUAAGGCUUCCAGCAAAAAGGUUGUAAUAUUCCAAGCCUGAUCGUGGUCACAUUGCUUUGCUUCUUCUGGGGACGUAAUGCCAGGAUUUCCUCAAAAGGAGUAGUUUCAUUGUCUCAGACAGGGAUAGAAAGAAGUACACUUCUGAGCUGGUGCAGGGGUUCAUGGGAAGGCCAGGAGUAAAAGCAUGUACUGUAAAUGGUGUAUUUUGUCACUUUGAAGGGAAGGGCUUAAUUGUUUUGUCAGGGGGUUUGCUUUAAAAGGUUGUUCACCGAACCAUACAGUAGAAACAGAAAAAACACACACACUGAUCUUUGUAGAUUUAAGCAAAGAGAAUUCAAAUACAGACAUCCGAUAUAAUUACUGUGGUCAUAAUUACUUAUUAAUGUAUGUACACAUGUUAUAUACCUGUAUAUAUCCUGUAUAUGUGGCAAAGACAAGCCAAACCAGUCACUCAUCGCAAAUCUUGUUUCAAAGAUUAUGACCAAAACAUGAUGCAAUGUCAACAUUUUUGAAAUCUAUUUUAUUGAACUAAACUAACAUUUAUAUAUUUAUACAUCAUGCUAUGCUGUUAUUUUCCUCAUUUUCAAUGUUAAACAACAAUUUUUAAUGAUUUGAUGGUUUCUGCCCGAGAAAUGCCCAAAAAUCAUAAACUUUGAAGGCUGAUUUCUCAAAUAUUGUUCUUUAAACAGCUGUAUGUUUAAACUCCUGUAACUUUAUAAUGAAAUGUUGGAUUUUAAUGAUUCUUUUACCAUUUUAUACCUCUCAUUUUACUGUUUAACCCUGUAGUAAUAAUUAAAAAUCGAUAGAGACGAGUGACUGGUUUGGCUUGUCUUCGCCACAUAUAUUUGUUGUGACUAUCUUUAGGCAUUUUACUCAAGAAUAGGCAAUUUUAACAAAUUACAGAAUCUUAAAUUUAUUCAAAAAAAGUUUCAUAUUCCUCAAGAAUUUUGAUUACAAAACAACUAAAACAGCCCUUCAUCCAUGUACAUUCAUGAUUUGUUAAUGCAUUUUAAUCACAGCAUAUUUUACAAUGGAGAUAGAAGAUUUAAAUCCCUACACAAGUGUGCUUAGAAAUACAUUGGUGUACAGUAUAGAAAUACAGUAUGGUAAUUUAUUCAAGUGGUUUCUUUGUAGACCUCUUAAGACUUACUCAACCAACAAAAAAAAUGUUGGUGCUAGAAAACUACUACUAUUAAGGGGAUAACUUCAGAAGCAAAAUAAGUGUCCUUAAUAUGGCUGGGCCUCUCGCUUUAUGGCUGGAAAGUGUCCCCUUAAUUGGGGCACCUCAAAAGAAUAAUUCUACUCUAUUAAGCAUUGCCACUAAACUGGAAAAUGAAACUUAUUAUUAUAGAAUGUUAAUUCUUAUAAACUAGCUUCCUAAUUGAAAGUAGUACGCAGUUAAACUUGCCUAAGUCGAAAAUUGCCUUGAAUAAUUUCUAAGGUGGUGUUAUAAACAAUCUGUAAUUCAAAUUUUAUCGAAGUCGAACAAUUUUUCAAUGCAUUUUGGAUUUGACUUAGGAAAGUUCAACUGUAUAGACAAGUUGGGCAGUGGCAACAAUAUUUGAGAGGCUGUAGUUAUUUUUUUUUUCUCAUUUCAUACAAUUCAACAUACAAACUACAACUUAAGGCAUUCAUAUUUUUACAUACAUUUCACAGUACACAUAUAUGUUCAAAUAAUAUGGACAUCAAACUAGACAUACUGUACCCAGAUAAGCUGGGAACACACUAUGUCCUACAAUGGUUGUCAUGACACGAUGCCAUCUGUAGCAGACUGAGUGGACCAACACCAGGUUGCGUUUGGCAUAAAAUCACGUCAGCCUUAGUAAAUCAUUUUGCACUUUUGGUGGGCCUUUUAAAUGAUGAACCCAUCACCUCAUAAAGAAGUGAAAUUACCAACAAAAAAAUAAUCUAUAUAAAUGCAUUUCAUGGACCAUGCACUACAAAACUACAGGAUAAAGGAAUACAGCUUGUAUCUAUACAGUAGUACUUCAAAUGCUAGGACUUUAAGCCCUAUGUACGUAAGUAUAAGAAUUAUAAGAACACAGGACAGUAUGAUGAGAAUGGAUGCUAACAUCUAUAGUAACAUGUUUUUUGUUAGUUUUGUUGAAAUAAAAUGUUUUUGUGAAAUACAAGCUAUGAGAAAAAUUAAAUAACUUGAUAUACAGUAUAUGAAUAUAAAGAUGAAUAUUAAUAAAAUACCUAUGUACCUGUAUUUUGAGUUAUUCACAAAACAAGACAAAAUACAAUAAAUAUAAGUUUUUAAAAAUAGGACAUAAGUGCAAAAAAAAAUGAAUGUGGUUUGAGAAAAUAUUCAAGCAAUAUGUUAUGUAAAAUAAUAAGGAGCUCUUACAAGCAAAACCGAGGAAACCUUUUAACAUUGUAUUUUCCGCAAAACCUGAAAUACUUAUUGUACAGUACGCAUUUUCUACUGUAACAUCCAACACUCUGAAGUUCACAUAUUUUCAACAGAAUUAUCUUCUAUUGGAGUUCCACUACAAUUGACCUUUCCGCUAAGCCCCACCCCUUGGAUAUUGUUGCUAUGGUCCCACAAAGCAAUAGCAUAAAUUUACAUAAACACAUGCAUUUGUGAGACAAAACAUGCAUUGGUUGGGCACAUGUGAAGCCUAGCACUGUUCUGAUUGGUCAGUUUGAAUGAGAUUCCGCAAUGUUCAAUUGUAAACAAUUCUGACUUUUUCCCAUUUACCACUUUUCAAAUUUCCAUGACAUAUUGAUUUUUAUCAAAUUUAUAUCACUUCUCCUUUAACAUUUUUCAAAGUGCCAUUACCUUUUCUCUAUAUUUUAUAAAAUGUUCAUCACUUUUACAGUAUACCAUUAAAAAGAAAGACUAUAUUCCUGGCUGUGUUAUAUUUAUCUACAGUAUAAUGUUUAGAAUUUAUGUAAUACAGCUUUUACAAAUCAAAGUACUGUGUCAAAGUUCUUGCAAUUUGUUAUCACCCUUGACAAACUAUAAAUCAAUUUGACAAACAUGCGCAAUGUACAAACUCCUCCACUUCAUGAGGAGUAGUUCUACUCGUGUCAGAGUAUGUUGUGUACAGACCAAUACAUUUAAUGGUGCAACAUCCUACCAGGUACCCAUUUAUACUUCAAUAUAGAGAGACACAGAUUUAAUACAGUAAUAGUAUCCCAAGCUCAAGAAAACAAGUGAAAUUCACAGCAAGAGAUUCAAACCCCACCUCAAAGUAGGGAGCUCGAACCGCAGACUGGUGGACCAACAUUUUGGCAUAAAAAAUUGUUUACCUGAUUUUUAAACAUGGUUUCCAAAAUAGGGAUUUUUCAAUUUUAGGAUAAUACAAGUGUUUCCAAGACUUUUCUGGGAAUGUAAAGGUUGUUUUCAAGUACAAGAAAUUUUUAAUGUUUUACAUUACGGCAGGAUCCCUGAUAAAUGUACAACAUACUGCACAAGGUAUUUUUUUCAAUAUAUUCUAAGAAAAUACUGAAAUAAAAUAAUACACAUAAAUAUUGAUAAAAAAAAAAAAAACCAAAUAACUCUAUAAAAUAAAACUGUA